AUGAAGUUUACCCUGAUCAUUUUUGCAGCCCUUGCCACCAUUGCUGCUACUGCUGAUCCAAGCUCCGUUGCCGAGGAUGCCUCUGCUGUUGCCGACCCAAGCUCUGUCUCUUCUUCAGCUCUCUCUAGUAUCAUCCCAAGCCAUGCUUCCUCUGUUGGCCCCUCUGCUGUUGCCUCAAGUGCAAUUGUCGUUACUCCUUCCAAGCCAACUGGUGUUAGUUCUUCGGGCAAUCCUUUGAACGGUGCCACUGCUACAGCAAGUAUAUCCGUUGUCGGGCAUGACGCAAACAAGGACAGCGGUGCCACCAAAUUGGCUCUUUCUGCCCUUGCUGGGCUCUUGGUUCCUGCCGUUUCAAUUUGGUGUUGCACUUGUCCGCCAUCCCGAUGGAUGAAUUCUGGCCACAGUGUCGUAAUGGAUAUUAUUCGGAUACCCUGUACUAGCAGAAAUAAUAUAGAUGUGGUCACAGAGCAUCUUGUUCUUGUGCUCUCAUUAACAUAA